GGGAACAGCGUGACCUUCCCAAGAUGGCGGCGCUGUUGACUAGUCGCGUUCAGCACGAGGAAAGGGCUAUCAUUUUCAUGUCUCUUAUUUAAAUGUCUAAACACCUUGGGAGGUAAAGGUGUGUGUGUCAGUGUUUAUAACUCGGGCUGAAAUGGACUUCACGAUUCGCGCCGCCACUCUUGAGGACUGUAAGGACAUCAGGCGCAUGAUUUCAGGACACAUAAAAUGGAGUGCCUGGAGUACUGACUAGGGAGAUCUGCACAACAUCUUAACAAUGGACAUUGACUCAACAGAUCAGAAUAAGAGCUGGCAGAGUAUGAGAAAGUUGCGGAUCAGGUCAUGAUUACACAAAAAGACCUAGAGCAGGAUGGGUUCUCUAAAAACCCAUUUUUCCAUGCGAUAAUCGCUGAGGUUCCAGAACAGCACAAGACCAAAGAUGGUCACACAAAAAUAGGAUUUUCUAUUUACUUCUACACGUAUAGCUCAUGGAAAGGCCGAGCUGUAUUCAUGGAGGACUUGUACGUGAUGCCAGAGUUCAGAGGAAAGGGCAUUGGCAAGGCAUUGAUGAGCAAAAUUGCACAGCUAGGACGGGCCGCUGGCUGCACGCAGCUCAGUUUUACUGUGUUGAACUGGAACAAGACAGCGCUGGACUUCUACCAGAGCCAGGGUUCCGUGGACGUGACCUCUGACCUGGGUUACCAUUACAUGUGCUGUCAUGGGGAUGCCUUUCAGAAGAUGGCAGAUAGAGAUCCCUAAAUUUCAGGUUCAUUUCAGAUUCAUUCCUUCCAUCCCUAACUAAAAUCCAGUUCAGUGAGCUAGAGGUUAUUGGUCCAGCGCUGAUGGAAGCAAAAUACUUGUAUUAAUGUGAAACUUGACUUUAUGUGUGUUGUGUGUAGACACUUUCUGUCUUAACUGUGAAGUGUCUGUUGUUUAGGUGAUGAUACCAACAGGUUUUACAUUACCUACAUGGUACUGUUACAAGCUAUAAUGCUGAUUGAAAUGGUGUUAUUUGUUUACAGUAGAUUAUCACAUGUAAAAAAAAUUAAAUCGACAUCCAAGGUAAUGUUGUGGCAGCCUGCUAAAACCCUUCACACGGUAACAUUUUGACAUUUUCCAGAACUGAAAUAUAUUUCUGUUUUGGAUUUAUCUCACUCAGAAGUAAAGUCAUAGCAUUUUAAGGUCUGGUUACCCCCAAAACUGAAGGUGGAAGGAAAAAAAAGUUUACAGUGGUAAAUGAGUUAUCAUUUACUUUUUAUGAUUAGCAUAAUUCACAUCAGUCUCUGUCUUAUCACCUCAGGUACUCUCCACAUUUAAACACAAGCCUCAUCUUUAUCUCUUCACUUGACUGAUCGCUGUUUGUUCUUACAUUGGUGGGGAAAUAAUUGCUGAUUAAUAUAGUCAGUUCUGUUCUGUUGGAUUACAUACAGAGUAUGUAAGCGCUUUUCUCUGUUUUGAUAAUGAUGUGACAUUGCAGGUGCAUUACAUACAUUUUGAAAGCUGUUAUCUGGUCACAGAGUGAAAUGAUUAGGCUUAUGUGUGUUUCACUGUGCACAAAGAAACCAGAGUUUUUGUCAUUUUUAGUUGUUUUCCAGAAUUUCCAGAUUUUAGCCACAGCAACAUUUGAUGGGUUUUUCCAGGCCGCCACACAUAUAAAUGUUUACAAAACAAGUUGAAGUUCAAAAAUAGUCAAAAACAGUCAAAAACAGUCUGUGGCAGUCAGUCAAGCAGUGGGUAUUUACCUAUCUAUUUGUAAUGCAAAAUUAAAAACACUACAAGAGCAGUUUGUGUAUAACAUUCAUUAUCAUACUGCUAUGUUGUCUAUGGGCAUGUUCGAGAAAACUGUUUCAUGUAAUGCAAAGCAGUAAGAUAAGUGAGAAAUGCACAGUUAAAAUAAAGACAUGUCAGUAAAAUACACUGCUUUAUACACAAGUCUGUUUAGAUCAGUGUGUGCAAAUGGGACCAGGAUUGCGCUUUGCUUUAGUAGACUGUUUAUCCUUUCCUCUCAGAUGUUUCUCUGUUAUGUAAGAAAGCUCUGUUGUAUUUUAUGGUGCCUGCCAAACAGCUGGAAAAAAGGAGCAUGGAUGUGCUUAAGAGAUUUAGAGGAGGUUUGAUGAAAGUUGAGUUGAUGUCUUAUAUGUGUAUAAACUAACCUUUUAAGAAGACCACGGGUGAUAACUUUUGCCCCGGUUGAAUUUGUUGAGUGGGGCACAUCUGUGAGCAAGUAUUCAAAUGUGUAGGUUCUUCUUCAGAUGCAUACCUUUUACCCCAUCAGCACUUAACUGCUAAUAAAGCUUAAAACAUUUUA